GACGUCAUAUCAUUAUUACGCAUGCGUAGAGUCCUAAUUACUUUGGCUGCCAGAAGAUCCGCUGUUAGAUCGUGAGAAGCUCAGGUUGACAAAAUGAAGAGUUUACUAGCUGUUGCAUUUGCGAUUAUCACACUUUACUUUAUAUUUGACAGUGGUAGUGCAAUUAAAUGCUAUGAAUGCAACUCCUUCUUCCAGUCGGAUUGUGCAGAUUGGUUUGACAACAAAACACACAACUUAGUUGAUUGUGGCGAUGAUGUCAAAAUGUGCCGAAAAAUUGUACAGGAAGUUUACUACAACGAUGAUUGGAAUGUGAGAUACAUCAGACAGUGUGCCCGGUCUGGAGAGGUCGGAGGUGAUGAAGGUCGUCAGUGCAAGGAUAGAACUGGCACAUAUCGUGUCAAAGUCCGAUAUUGUCACUGUAACAACCAAGAGGGAUGUAAUGGUGCCAGCAACAUCAAAUUUCCAGCCAUUCUUCUUGCCGUGCCACUUGUCACAUCAUUAGGACUCUACCUUUCGAAAUAUUUAUGAAAUUUACAAUAAAUUAGAACAUUUUUUUAAAACAAAUUAUCUCAGGGUUUUCACUUCGAAAUUCAAAAGACCAGAGAUUUAACUGGUAGCUGUAACUGAAUUGCUUUGAUGUGAGAUUCUGUUAUAAAGCUGUCAGUUAAUACAGAGUGAAAACAGGAGACCAAUUCAACCACAUAUUUAUAUGCAUUUGGGCAUUCAGAACACAUUGAUUCGAAACAUAUAAAAUAACAAAUAUCAUUCUCUGGCAAUUCAUCUUGGAGCAAAAUUGUUAUUAUGAAGAGUUCAUUAUUUGAAAACCCUGGUCAGUUUUGUGGGAUAAUGGAUAAACUAAAUCUUUGUUAGAAUAAUGAAAAAAGAUUCUUUUCAUAUUUUUUCCUUUGUGUAUUAAAUUCACUCAUUUUGCUUUAGAAUAAUGUAUAUUUGAGCACUUGCUCAAUAAAAGGCUUUAGUUGAAGACUCAAAGCAAUAAUGUCAUUAAGGAAUAAGGAAUCUGAAAUGUAAAUAAAUUUACCUUUUAUCUGCAGCUUUUUAUUAUGGUUGGGGAGAACUGAUAACUGUUUUGUUCUGUCCAAUAAAUUUGUUGUACAUAAGACACAUGGAUAACAGGUAGAGCUGUAAAUUAGUCUGGACUUUUUUCUUCUGAUUUAUAUUUUUGUACCAUUGAUUUUUAACAAUAAAUUGAACUUCCUGUCUGAAGCAGAAAGGUUCUUAGAUUUUUCUUUCAGUAAAAUAUGAUUAUGUGUUUAUGCAGUUCUUGAUCACCUACGCAUACAAUUAAUCAUAGUUUAUACCUGCAUUUUCCUUUGAACUGUAAACAGGCUCAUAUUUAAAUUGACCCUAUGCCUAUGGCCAAAACCACUAACGACUGAUCAUUUUUCUAAAAAAAAUAAAUACUUUAAAUAGAUUUAACUUCUCAAAAAUUUUCGGUUCUUUUUCCUUUCUAAUGUUAUCAAAUUUUGUACAUAUUAUAUAGGAUCCUAUACAGAUAUUUGUAGACAAAUGUUGAAAACUUGGAAGUUGAGAGAGAUGAUAUAGGAGAAAAUAAUAUAAACCUGUUAACACAAUUAAUAUUACAAGAUGCAAAUAUGUUGUUAAUGACUAGUGUCAGAUUAUUUUACAUUGUUUUAUGAUUGGAUGAAUGAAACUAGUUUCAAAAUGUUUGUAUUGCACUUUUGACCUUUUUUGUACAAUAGAUAUUGUAAACAGUAAGUACCAUACGUAAGUUUGUGUUAUUUUUUGAUUGAAUAGAAAUUACGAAGAACUGAAUGGAAUUUUUACAGUUAAAGCAUGCGCAGGGCCUUGAAAGCUACCAGUAUUCCAUGUUAUGUAUAUCAAAGGUAUGUGAAACUGGAAAAAAUCUUAAUAACCAAUGAGAAGAAUGCGAUAUGAAUGAUUAUAGAUUUGAAUGAUAUGCACUUAAUUGAAUUAAAUUUGCCAUGAUGAAGGAAGGUAAAUUGUACUUGUUAUGAAGCUGUUUAGCAAUUUUCUUGUUUGUCUUUGUGUAAAAUAGUCAUGUGCAGAUACUUAGUACAAGUGUACAGUUUUCCAUCCUUUCGCAAGAAAAUGUUUUUAAUAUAUAGAGCAUAAUAUGUAAUCUGAAAAAAAUUCUUCACAACUUAAUGUGCCAUUAGAAAUUUUAGCCUAGAAAAUUUUAAGUUUGUAUUAAUGAAAAGUUUUAUACCGAAAUAUAAUCUUAAUUCUAUCUAAUCAUAAUGUACGGUUAUUGGUGAAUACAGUAAUAUUAGAUUAAAUUGUGUUGUAUAGAUCUUACAAUUUCGACCACCUUUUGAUGUUAGUGUGGAGAUUUUUAUCACAAAUUUAUCCUGUUUUGGUGUCAGUGGUGCAUCUUUUUUCCCAUACCCCAAGAUUUUUCUCCAGUAUUCAUCUACUUUGAAAAGGGAAAUGAUAAAGAGCAAUGUUUGGAUAUUUUUACAUGAAAAAGUUAAAUCUCCAAACAAGAAGAAGUCAUGCUAGUUUUAUUUCUGUUUUGUAAAUUGUUUGUGUCAUAUUUUUUAAAGAAAAGAGUAUUGAUUGUGAUCACGUCAUUAUUUCCUGAGUGAUGUGUUGGGCCGAUUUGAAAAAUAAAAAUAGAUCUAUAUUCGGUAUGUUCAUCUAUUCAGAAUGACUUGAAGGAGAUUGAUACUGUAGAUAGUUCAUUUAAUAGAUGCCUAACACUUUUAAAUUGUUGUUUAUUUUUUUGAAUGCAUGAUGACGUUUUAGUUGCCAUGUAUGGUAACUGUAGUAACUGGUCACAAGUGCCUAGGGCACUUUGUCAUGUUGAUGCAAAAUGAUUCUUAUUAGCUGUGUAGUAGGUUGUGCAUACCUUUGAGAGCUUUUCAAUUCCUCAUUGAUUGAAACGUGUCUAAGCUGAGAAUUCUUAAAAUGUUUUAUUCAGAUAACCUGGAUUACCAAUAGAUGGAAUCUUAGCGGGGUACUUCCUCUCCCUUUGAAUGUUUUGUGUAUUCGUUAAUGAAAGUUUAAAGACAAACUUUAGAGAUGACACACCAAAAUUUAUGGUAUACAUUUGUACAUGUUAUUGAUAAUGAAAUAUAAAAAGAAAGAGAUUUUUUUUCAUGGAAAGCAUUUACAUAAUAGAUCAGUUGAUGAAAGUAGUAAUUUGAGGAGUACGGAUUCAUUAUUUCUAACAUCUUUGUUUGCAUUGUCUAGAUAACCAUGUGCAAUAUCAUUGUGUCAUCCUGUAUUUAACAUGCAUACUCAAAUUAUAUCUGAGCACGAUAACCUAAGAUGCUACUGUAUACAAUGAAUUUAUACCUCCACCGUUUUAAUUCCACAGCCCUCUGAUAAUGGCUUUUGUAGAAAAACAGAAAGAAACAAUUUUGUAUUCCAAUCCAACUCUUUGCUGGUCAACUUUAGUUCUCGCUUGAUAUAAAACAUUUUCAGUAUUAUUUUAAAAAAAAGAAACUAAAUAAUACUUCUUUUGUAUUCACUUGUCAUCUUGAUAAAAAACUAUACAAAUAUUAAGAAUGAAAAAGUAGUGGAAGAACAUUUUUGAAGUUUAAAAUUGUUUAUAUAAUUCAAGAAAUAAAUAAUGAUGAUAUAUUACAUGACCAUGUAAAAUACAAAUACUAGCUUAAUAAAAUAAACUUUGUUUUUCUCUCAAGUCAUCUUGGAGGAGCUGAAUUUUUAAGUGAAAUUGCACAUCGUAAGGCAAGUUUUUAUCUGAGAGAGUGUUGUAGAAUGUGUGAGAGCGUUGUCCUUACAUUCCUGUGUAACUGUUAGGAUGUGAUCAGGAUCUUUUGUGUUAAUAAAUGAUACCAUUUCA